AUGGCAACUUUAGACAAGUCCCACCAUGUUGAUUUAGAAGCUGGUGGUGGUCACCAACCAACCACCGCUGUGUCCGGCGGAGACAGUUCGCGCUCGUCCAACGCCGGCGAAUCCUCCGGCGAUGAGAGGAAAAGCUCAAGCCUCUCUGGAACUGAGAUUGUGGGAGUUUCGGACAAGAGGAGGGAAUCCUCUGUGUCAGAGUGUUCAGUGGAGGUGGAUCUGGAAGCUGGGGUUCAUGAAAACAAGGUACAUUUGGAGAUACCUGAGAGAGAUUGUAGGAUUUGUCAUCUGAGCUUGGAUGUAGCAAAUCAAGAAUCUGGAAUUCCCAUUGAGUUGGGCUGUUCUUGUAAGGAUGAUUUGGCUGCUGCUCAUAAACACUGUGCUGAGGCCUGGUUCAAGAUUAAGGGAGACAAAACCUGUGAAAUAUGUGGAUCAACUGCACGCAACGUCGUGGGUGCGAAUGAGGCUGAGUUAAUGGAGCAGUGGAACGAGGCAAAUGAUGCUGCUUCAGCUGCGGCUGCUGCACCUGCACCGUCAGCAGAGACCCGAAACUUCUGGCAGGGUCAUCGGUUUCUCAACUUUUUGCUAGCUUGUAUGGUUUUUGCAUUUGUCAUCUCUUGGCUCUUUCACUUCAAUGUGCGAUUUUGA